AUGCGAACAACGGAGUCCAGUGCUAAACCUUCAACAAACAUCACUGAAGAGCGAAGUGAAGUAGAAGAGGCUAAAACUAAUGACAACAUCCCGAGAUGUAUUCCGUAUGACCCAGAGGGCACGGUGCUCGCCAUGCAGCGACUCCGGGAUGUCAAACACCGUUGCCCUGCAAAAAUUGCGAACUGCCUACAGAAGAUCAACAAAGAAAUCGCAGAGAAACUGACCAACGCAGGGGAAGCAUUGUCUGCCUCUCCCUCCACGUCUUUAUCAUCGGUUACUGUCGCCGGACCUGACGGACGCCAACGAACUGGACCCCCCGCACCUCUCGCUGCGCUUCCUGAGCCGUGGGAGGAUCGUUUGGAUGCUCCCAUCGCGGUGUCCAAUACGUUAGGAAGAAAGCGCGGUCUCUUUGGUGACGUAGAGCGGAAGGAACUUCACCAUCACGUGAUUUCUAUCCUCAAUCGCGUGGCCGGAGACGCGACUAAGUAUCGUGAGGUGAAGAAUGAAUUGUUACGGCUGCCAAUACCCGAGGCAAGCGAUGAAAUGCUGAAGAACAUUGUUAAUGUCUUCUUCAUGAAGGCUGUAAGAGAGCAGCAUUUCGCGAACCUCUACGCCGACCUUGUAGUGGAGUUGUGCAAGGUACCAGAGGGUCAACGGAUUGUAGGCAACAAGUCGCAGAGCCUUGAAUUUCGUAUGCGACAGCAGCUCCUUUCUCGAUGCCAGGAAGAGUUUCAGCGCUUAGAGGAGAAAAACAUAGAGACUGCUAACCAAGGUGGAGAGGACCGCAAUACACAGAGUGCGGAUGAGAGCUUUAAGGAGCGUAGGGACCGUGCAUGCGGUAUUGUGGCGUUCGUUGGCCAGCUUUUCUUGCGUCACAUUGUUACGGAGAAGGUAAUCAUGCAAAUUUUAACCACAACAACUGCGGGACACUAUGGAAGAGAAGGACUCGUUAUGCCGCCCCCAUACACACCAUCGGAGGGACAGAUGGAUGAGUUAGUUAAACUUCUAGGUAUUGUCGACUCGGCGUUCUUUGCCACGCCCCUUGGUUCUUCUAUGCUAGUAGUGUUUACCGAUAUCAUGGUGCAUUGGUCGCAGCAUCACCCUGUACUGCGUAUUAGACUGCUCCUGCUUUCCGUUGUUGAACGGCUCCAAAAAAAAAUAGGCGAGCAAAACGCUGCGGCGCAACAGCAGCGCCAACAACAACAACAACAACCGCCGGGUCAGACACGCCAGUCUGCGUUUGAGGGCAAACGCCCACCAAAUUCUGUUGGCGAUUCGCAGCGACCUGUUAGUCCCUCCAGUGGAGGUAACUCCCCGCUUAGUGUUUCGGGUGUUCCGGCAGCGGUUUCAGUAGCUGGCGUGGAGGUCGCGGCAAGGCCAAUCCAACCACCCCCUGCUGCCCGCAAUAGUUUAAUCCCCGCCCCGCGCAGUGCGGCGUCGCGCCAGAGUAGCAUUGUGGUUACGACCCCGCUUACUUCUACCGUGAGUACCUCCUUCGCAGUUAAGCAAGUGGCUACAACGGAAACUGUGGCAACUUACAUGCAUAACGUUACGCGGUGUGACUGCACCGUUGAUAUGGUCGUUGACGAAAUCGCCAACGCAUUUGAGAACGUCAUAAGUGUUGUUGUUGUGUGGACGGAGCGCUGUCUGACGGUUGUGAAGACGGCAAAGCAACGAGUUCUGUUUGGCCCUUUUCUUUGUUCCGUAGAGCGGCAGUGCGGGGGAACGUUGAAAGAGAAACUCCGCCAGGUGGCCAUGGAUGCUUUUCGUAAUGCUGUUCGGCAGAAGCUGUACGAGGAUUUAGCAAUCUUCAAGUAUUGGACAGAGAUGAUCUGCAGUGAUACAGCGCGAGAGGUGCUGGACGAAACCCUACUAAAUGAGGGUCUAGACUGUGUAAUGUCAUUUGAUCGAUCGGCCGUGAGGAUAUAUUUGCGCGACGUAGCCAUGCAAUUGCAGCAGCGGUCAUCUGGCCCACAGCGCGAACCAAGCCUCGAGAAGAAUGAUUUCAUUCGAUAUCGUCCAUUGCAGGUUAUUCACGCAAAUACCGCGGAGUCUGGAGUUGAGCCAAUACUGGCCUUAAUUGACUAUCCUGAUGUGCGAAAACAAUCCAUCGAGAUUGACUUAUAUUGCACAAUAGUGACUGACAAUCCACCCAAGAAUGUCCUAUUUGACUCCUUGGCGAGUUCUCCGUGUUUGGAGUCUCCAUUAGCUGCUGCAGAGGUUUUCAGUGCCCUGUUGCAUGCGUGGCUUAAGAGUGGCUUCGCGAAUUCCAUUCAAGAUCAUGUUGACAUAUGUUUACUUGCCGUCAACAACCGAGAUCGGGCUACGCGUGAGAUCCUUUUGCUGAUGGAACUCUAUUCUGUGCUGAAGAAUGUUGUUCCACCUUCGACGAGGUCGAUUGAAAUGGGAGAGAUUGCGUUGAAGGUGUUGAAAAAAGGACUUGUCACGGAGGAAACGAGGGUGCGCGCUUACAACUAUUUGGAGCCACUAGAAAGAAAUCCGCAUCACUUUAUUGGUAUACCACCCGGUUCUAUCGCACGUUCCGAAUUUGAAAGCAGCAAGCCGGUUAUCAGCACACUUAAGGAGAGGAAAUCUCACUCAGGCAAUGGUUCUUCGGGCGCUGUGAGGCGGGUUUAG